AGUUGCAGUUGUAAGCAGCUCAGUUGUGAAUAGACCUUAGAGAGGAAAGAUGUGUUUGAACACAGGCUUUCCGUGCAACUGUUUGAUUGAUGGCAAACCCUGUGAACCGUGCAGGAUGACGGACAAAGACCUAGAGAAGGAGGAGGCCCACCUGUCCAUCAGCGCCAACGUGAGUAGAUCGGGGAGCACAUGCGAGCCCAACCUGCACAUCCCUCCCAUCGGAGACGUGAGGGAGCGGGGACGAAACUGGGGAUGGAUGCUGUCUGGGAUCAUCUCUGUCAACAUUUUGAUCCUGGGCUGCGCCUUGGUCAGCGGCAGUGCCUACAGCAAUGUCAAGAUCAGCAGCACUGACCUCCAGGUUUUCCUCAUCAUCAUCAUCAUCCUCACCUGCAUCUGGAUGGGUUAUUAUGUCAUCUACACGGCCAGGACAGAAGACGCUAUUGCCUACAAGGAUGCCCAUGCUGGACCUGUAUGGCUCAGGGGAGGACUUGUACUAUUUGGACUGCUCAGUAUUAUCAUGGACAUUUUCAAGAUCUCCAGCUACGUGGGCUACCUCCACUGCGAUUCUGCUGUGAAGGUUGUGUUCCCUGUGGUGCAACUUAUCUUCGUCAUUAUGCAGACAUAUUUUUUGUGGGUCCACGCCAAGGACUGUGUGCAGCUGAAAAGGAACAUUACAAGAUGUGGGUUGAUGCUCACCCUCUCCACUAAUCUAGUUGUGUGGAUGACUGCGGUCACUGAGGAAUCCCUCCACCAAACAACAAUCCCCGAAGAUCCAAGCAGCAACACCACCAGCACCGCCCAUAAAAUCAGUGGACGAUCCGUGUACGUCAGAGCGAGUUAUGGAGACGAUGAGUGCAAGUGCAGCCACACCUCAUGUAGCAUGUUCCAGGAGGCCUACUACUACCUGUACCCUUUCAACAUCGAGUACAGUCUCUUCGCCUCUGCCAUGGCAUACGUCAUGUGGAAAAAUGUGGGCAGACUAACAGAAGAGCACGCUCACCACACCAUCAAAUUCCGUCUGAAGGACGUAAUUGUUGGUCCUGUGGCGGGAGUUCUCUUAGUGAUAGCGGGCCUGGCGACCUUCAUCGUAUACGAGAUGGACAUGGGUGACGACCAUAGUGACGACGACAAGAAAGACAAUGCUGUGAUGAUGCACUUUGUCACGAAUAUAGUGAUAUUAACCCUGAUGUCUGCCACCACUGUGGCCGGCUGUGUCAUCUACAAGUUGGACCACAGGGAGCACGUAUCGGAGAAAAACCCCACACGCAGCCUGGAUGUGGGGCUGCUGGUGGGAGCCUCGCUGGGGCAGUUCAUCAUCAGCUAUUUCACCAUCGUAGCCAUGGCUGAAACCGGAGCCCAUGGCUACCUGAACGGGCUCAACCUGGCCUGGGCCCUGCUGAUGGUGAUCCAACUUGGCCUGCAGAACUUUUUCAUCAUCGAAGGUUUGCAUCGGGAGCCCUUCCACGAGGUGCAGCCGAUCGCCGUGCUUUCAAAUCCAUAUGUGAUGCAGCUAGGCAAAGACAUGAGCAUCUAUGAAGAAUCAGAGAAAGACAUAAAGCCCAGGCCGAUAUUCCCAGCACACAGCCUAUACGGCCUGCACGGCCACAGGGAGGAGCACAGGCCCAGACUGUCGUGGAAGAGACGGGUGUUGAAGGAGGUCUGUGCGUUUCUGCUGCUGGGCAACAUCAUACUGUGGAUCAUGCCGGCAUUCGGUGCUCGUCCCCAGUUCGACCACGACGCUGAAACUGAAUUCUACAAAUUCAACAUGUGGGCGGCUGUCGUGAAUAUUGGACUUCCUUUUGCCAUCUUUUACCGCAUGCAUUCAGUCGCCAGUCUGUUUGAGGUUUAUACAACCUCGUAACGCUGCGGGAGCAUCAUGAACUCUUUUGACAAUAUAAAAGCUGUUUUGUAUAAAUUGUAGUUUGUUUUGAUGAUUCUUUGUUAUUUCUCUAUUAAUCUGUGAAGUAGAUGACUGACUAAUAUUCGCACAAUUCUUUCAUGAUGUUAGAAAUUAAAUGUUUUGAGUUAUAGUCUGUGAAUGUGACAAUGUAAAUAUAUUCAAAAUGUGAUUUUCAGAUGUAAAAAAAUAAUGAAUUGUGAAGUUAAUCUUGUAUGACUCGUUUUAUGCUUCAGCCUCUGUAUGCACAAAAUAAAGGCAAGCAGUGCAAUAAUUUGAUUAA